GAGAUGCCAUGACUAUUGCCUUCACUGCCCUGCUCUAUCUUGGACUGAGCCUGAUCCCCAUGACCUAUGUACCAGCAGAAAUUAUGGGCAAACCCACACUUAGAGCUCAGCCAGGCUCCGUGAUGACCAGCGGCAUGCAAUUGACCAUUUCAUGUGAGGGAACCUCGAGCGCUCAGGAAUAUUAUCUCUAUAAAGAGGGCAGUCCAGAUCCCUGGCGACGACAGAGCCCUCUGGAGCAUGGGAACAAGGCCGAGUUCUUCUUCCCGUCUUUUCAUCCGAACGAAGCAGGGAGAUAUUGCUGUUACUAUAGGACCCACACUGGCUGGUCAGAACGCAGUGACUUUCUGGACUUGAUGGUGACAGGAUUCUACAGAAAACCCAGUCUAUCAGCCCUGCCCAGCCCAGUGGUGAGAUUUGGAGGAAAUGUAACUCUCGAGUGUAUCUCACAGCUUGGAUAUGAUGGGUUUUCUUUGACUAAGGAAGAACAACAGAAAAUCUCUUGGACCCUAGACUCACAGUACAUAUACUCUAAAAACAAUGUCCGGGCACUGUUCUCUGUGGGUCCUGUGACCUCUGGACAUAGGAGGACAUUCAGAUGCUAUGGCUAUUACUUGAAUAAACCCCGGGUGUGGUCAGAACCCAGUGAUCCUCUGGAGCUCCUGGUCUCAGAAGUGCCUGAGACCACCAGCCAACCACAAAACAUGUCAGAAGCCACAAUAGUCUCACAGCCUCAAGAUCACACAGUGGAGAACAUCAUCCGGAUGGGCAUUUCUGGUUUGAUUCUCACAGUACUUGGGAUUUUGCUGUUUGAAGCUUGCUACAGCCGGAGAAGACCUUGAUUGCAUCUUAGAAGUGAAGACAAGAGAUGGCCACAGGCUUGUGUUGUUACUAUCUGAAAAAUAAAUUUGUGGAUCUUAGGAAUUUUUAUAAGAAAAUUCAAUGUUUAAUAUUGGGAAUUACUUGUGAGAAAAGAUCCAGGAAUCAAAUGUGUUUUGGAUGCAGGAAAGCAUAUAACUGUUGAGUUGGAGACCUCUUCCAACAUCACAUUAAGGCUUCCAUCCUCUACCUUGCCGUGGACUUUGAGAAUUUUUUCUCUCCUUCCUUUUUACAGGGGAACUUAUUGCCCCAUUAGUGAAGUUUGGUCCUGAACUUUGUGUAUCUUCUCCUUUCCCAAGUUUCUUGUCAUAUUUUAUUAUAAAUUAUCAUAUUCCCUAUUAUGAGCAUCUGCUAUUGUGGAUAUUUUUGUACUAGGAACAAGGAAUUUGACUCAAUAACAACAACAAAAAUAUUAAUGAACACAAUUCAGAUUCCCAAAUGCUAAAAUAACUGAAUAUAAAUGAUGCUCCCAAAGUCUGUACUCUCCCUUAGGUAUUUUACUAUGCACAUUCAUUGCAAUGUUUUUGUUAAUUUAUAAAAAAAUUACUGUCUAGUGUUUAAAGGAACUAUGAGUGGGACACUGUUCAUAGAGUUUCAAAAAUAUCAUUUUUUUAAAUGUUGCUCUGUGACUUUUGCUGAUUGAUAUGUAUAAUCCUUUGCAUGGAUACCUUGUAUUCCUGUAUUCCAAGGUCAGUCAGAUCCAUGAAGGGAGCAACAAGGAGUAGUAUAAAUAGCAGACCAUGACUACCUUUGCCCUCUUUGCCUAUUUCUGUGUGAGGAGACAGAACACCACCAAAUGCUGAUAAUUUUUUGCAUUCUCACAAUAAAAGAUAUUUGUUUAGUCCUCAAUUGAUUAUUGAUUUAUUGAGGUCCAUAUGUACUAUCAAAGAGGGCACACAUGUUUUAUGCAUCCCAGCUGUUUUAUUAAGGUCAAUUUAUGCAUUUCAUUGUUAAUUAUGUGAAAACUGGAGUAUGGGGCUGUGAAGAUGCAGAGACCAAUGGAGAUAAAACUAAGAUACUAUUAAGAAGGAGAUGGUGAGCAUGAGGACUUAAAAUGAUCUUGUCAGCACAGAGGUAUAGAGAGUCUCAUCAGACCAUCAUGGCUCCUGAACUUUUAAUAUGUUUC